AUGCUUGCUGAAGGAAACAAGACAUCCCUCGCUGACUGGUUUUCGACUUUGGACUGUCUUCUCCGCGAGAUCAACGAGACGAAGGAUCACUACCAUGACAUUCACGAGGAAGACGACGACGACAACUUCACGUGGAGGUAUCUCCAAGGUUGUGCAGAUGCUGCGUGGUCAAAGUGCGAGGAGUAUUACAGCAACCGACAACGGAAUUGGCAACAUCGAUUUCCUGAAGAUACUGAUCUUCCGCCAGCGUAUUACGCAGCUCAAGUACUCAAUCCGUAUCGAAAGUGGGCAUGGUUCAGGCAAGAAUGGGUUCUUCAGGGCGACGAAGGAAGACAGAAGUGUCAGGAAGGACAAGGAUCCAGACCCAGCAUUCGAUCGGCAGAGGAACAUAAGCGCAUUCGCAUAGACGGCCCGGCUGCUGCCACCGAUCUGUAUGAGCAGUAUAUUUCGACCGACCGGCUGCAUGACGAGGAGGCAGGUUGCGAUGAGGCCAUCGCCUAUUGGCUAUCCCGUUAUGACUCGCAAAGAGACCUCGCCCGCUUCGCUCUGGAUCUAUUUGCGGUUUCCCCAAUGUCAGAUGAGUGCGAACGGCUGUUUAGUAGCGCAAAGCUUGGUAUAGUUGAUCGUCGAGGUAGGCUUAAGGCAGAUAUCAUAGAGGCUUGUGAGUGUCUACGUGCCUGGUAUGGGAAGCCUCGGGCUGAGGAUAGCGAAGAUAGCGGGGAUAGCGAGAAUGAAAGCGAAUAA